CAUGUUCUGGAGGUUUAAAAUUAUUCUAAAUCAUUAGAAUAUACCCCUAUGCCAUUGAAAUGCAGAGAAAUUCUACAAGAAAUGGUGUACCCUCUGUAGAAUCUUUAACCCACCCAUGUAGUAUCUAUCAACACAGCACAUCCUCCUCAGAGGCGUUCCUCACUGGAAAUGAUCAAGACGCUGUACCCCGUCACUGCAGCAGUGCACUGGGCAUCAGCCUUUGGACUAGUGUGUCAGGAUUUUGUUCUACUUUUUUAAUGAAAAUGAUCUUUGCCGAGUAUCUGGUUUUAUCUUCCUUAGUGCUAGGAGUGCAGUUAUUUCUGUACCAGACUCAGCGGAUCCAGUUUGUUCAAGUUAGUGGCACCGCCAAGAUCCACUGUUCUUCCAAAGAAAAAUUGGAAGGAAGUAGCAUGUUUUGGUAUUUGAGAAGAGAAGGAGAGAAACCCACAUGCAUUAAGCGCUGUUUGGCUGAUCAAAAUGUAAGUAAAUUUGCUUGCAAACACGAGACGCACAGCUCAACACUAGAAAUCCGCAAUAUCCAAAAGACUGAGUCUGGCAUUUACUACUGUGCAUAUAAAUACAGCAGCUACCUGCUUUUUGGGAAUGGAUCCACGCUGAUUGUUGGAGACAGUUAUACCAAGAGCAGCUGGGUGAUGCUUCUAGUCCCAUUUUCACGUGACAUUCAAGUCACUGGGACAGCGAAUCUGGCUUGUGUGAUCCAUGGAGUGUCCAGCCCAGUCCAUGUUUCCUGGAGUGUUUCUGGGGAGCUGCAGGAACAGGAGCUGAUGCGCUCAUUGAAAGCAAAGGAUGGAUCUUUAACACUCAUAAAUCACAUCAGCGUCCCCAUGGACACCUGGAUCAGUGGGAAGAAUUUCACCUGUGAAGUCAAAUUCAACGCUUCAGGCAGCAGUGUGAAGAAAACUACCAGGUAUCCUGGAGCCCCUGCCAGCGAGUGCUCACAUUACAUUGUGUGUCUUGCGGCUGUUGCUGGUCUGCUGCUGUUGUUGGUGUCUCUGAGCCUCGUCUGGACCCUCUGCCCUUCCACGCUAGGAUUCCAGCCCAGGGUCUCAGCACCCCCAGCUUCCGAGGAGCACCAGGGUGGAAUCUUAUACGCUCAUCUGGAUUUUGAUUCACGGAAUCGCAACGGGCGCACGAUGCAGCGAUUGGCCAGAGGGAAAAGCGUAAAACCUUGAACGGUCUAGUGCAGGGGAAUCCACACAUGGGAACUGAUGUCUGGUUCUCUGCUGAUUGGACGUGGUAGCCGGAAGAAGGCUCUGUCUGUCUCCGUCUCCUUUCUUUUUUUUAUUUUCUCCACUUCUCUGUUUAGAAUAAAAAGGUCAGAAGAUCCCCACAGGAUCCAGCCUCAUCAGGUGGGAAAUCUCCUUUUAGGAUAUAAUUAUAAAGGCAUCAUGGUGUAGAUAACUUUACACGUCACGUCUGUAUUAUAUUGGAAGCUCUUUGGGGCAGGGACUGUCUCUUUGUUCUGUAUGCAGCGCCGAGCACAACGGGGCCUGGUCCAUAACUGGGAUUCCUGGGUGCUAUGGUAUCAUCAUCAUCAUCAUCAUCUCUGCAGAGGGACCCAGACACAGCGGAACGGCUUCAGCUGCCCUGCACAGGGUAAGGCCGGAUGGUAGGAGCACGAAGAGGGGAUGUGCUGCCCCAGUUUAUACCACAGCACCUCUGGCUCCCAGCAAGCACAUGCUUCCUUUGCAGUAACCCUACAUGGACGUGUAAUGGGAUUGUGAAGGGGAAGGAUGGAUGCGGGAGGAGCUGGGAGAGAUGAGAAUCUCUCGCCAGGCCAGGGCUGGAGCUGCUACUCUAGUGCUGCCUCUGGAGCAGUGUUUCUCAAUGACCAGUCUGUGGAUCAGUGCCUGUCCCUGAGAUCUCCCUGACAUACUUUAGGAAGGCAGCCAACCGGUCCCUGAUACCCAAAAGGCUGAGAAACGCUGCUCUAGAGUCUGCUGGUUUUCCCCAAAGGCGAGAUCCACAGAGCCCUAUGUUCCAGCCCCUCUGCGCCAUCUAAUAACCACACGUUAUCAAUGACUGGAGCUCUCCUGGUGCCUGAGCCUCCAUGCACUGCCUGUUUACAUCACAAUUUGUUGUUGUUCAAGCUGUCAUUCAAACUGUCACUCAUUAAAAAG